AUGCCUCGGCUCUCAUUCUGGGCCGUUGGCGUGCUUGCCGGGUGGGGGAUAACAUAUGAGGGUUACCAUCACAUCUACGUGCCAUACCGAACCUCGCAGCUGGCGGUCGACCAACGGUGGGAGCGGAGUAAGAUGCCGUACCACGACGCCAUCCACGCCUAUUCCCGGUUGCAGACAGUCAUCGAGCAGCAGCUGGCUAUGAGAUCUUCUUCCCCGUUGUCUUCGUCGGCGAGUGCACGACAAGAUACCUCGGUGUGGUACACCAACGCGGAAAAAAUUCUUUUCUUCUGCGAUGUGCAGCGUGUGCGUGCCCUGCUCCUGGGUCUCCCACACCACCUCAUCACUGAGAAGGACCUGCGUGCGAAGCUUCAACAACUAUCGGUCUGGGAAGCGCAGCACUGCACGGAGCUCAACUUUCGAUCGGCUCCUCUUACCUUUUCGCAAGCGCUGCGGUCCGCUAUGUGCUUUGUGAUUUACCUGCUCUGCUUUCGCGUCCUCAGCCCGCUGCUGAGUGUGUGGAAUGGCUCUGCGGGCUGGCAAGCCCGGCUCCAACACAGCGUGGCUGUUCAGAUCGCCGAGGCCUUGGAGAUAAAGGUGCUGCUGACAGUACAAGAGAGCGAGUCGUGCAACGUCAGCAGUGAGGUCGCCCGUGGGACAUCUUACCGUUACAUAACUCUUAACGCAACGCACUGGAUCGAAGAAGUCGGCUUCUGGGCUUGCCCCAACAACCCACUCCUGCGUCAUCGGUCCGUCAGCGCGCCAGCACCUGUGCGGAGUGAGGAAGUGGACGACUAUCACUUGAAACUCCUACGUGGUCUCCCAAUGAUGACAUGCUCCUCAAAUGCCGCGCCACAGCACAGUGGUGCAUUGAACUUCGUCUCAACGGCACUGCGCCAGCCGUGGUGCUACCUGUUCUGGUGUGGCCCCUCUGCUUCAGCGACCGCGUACGCUACGACAUAUGCUGAGCACUGGCGUCGGCUGGAGGCGCGACAGCAGGAGUGCCUGUCAAGGGGAGGUGAAGACGACGAAGCAGCGUCACUGAUGACGGCGACUGACGUCACAUUCGGAUACCCAAUGCUGUCCAACACCGACCAACUUGAGUGCGAGGUAGAUCAUGAGGCACACUACAUCCCUGUGGGGAUCAGCGGAUUGCCGCGCGUCUUGUAUGUGGACACGGCGCAUGCAAAGGAUGAUGUGCGGCCGCGACGUACGCGCGAGGAGACGUACGCUCGCGUGCAGCAGGCACAAUUCGCUCGUGCCCCCUCCGCGGCGCCCACGAUGCGCGCACCGGCUGAUUCGAUCGCGGCCGUACCACAAACGUCAUCCAGGUUGCACGAGUGGCAAGCCCACCACGGGCCUCCAUGCUGGCUCCGGGUGUGGUGGGGCGGCGUCUACGGCGGGGGCCCUCGUCGGUCAAACGCCACUCUUCACUACCACCUGGGCCGCGCGAGCACGGUGGCCGAGUACGCGAGUGCCGCUAUCGCGGCCAGCCAAGCUGCGGGAGCCUUCACUGCUGCUGCCGCCUCUGCGGUGUAA